AGCUGUUGUCAACUCCGAAAAGUGAGGCUCCGGAAAAUCGCUUGUGUUGAGUAACGCAAUGCAAUCGCAUUUGGCGAUGCGAACUUUCGGUGGACUGCGGAUCUGCAAUCCGCAUUUGCAUGGUAUGCUCUUCAGCUCCAGUUCACGGUACGUGCCUGCUCACGAGCCCCCAAAAGAUUCUGAUUACCGCCAGUUGGAACGGUUCCUUGAAGGUAAACAUUACCUUCUCGUACUGACCGGAGCGGGAAUAUCGACCGAAUCCGGCAUACCGGACUAUCGCUCCGAAGGUGUAGGACUGUACGCUCGCACAAACCACAAGCCGAUCCAGCACGACGAUUUCAUCAAAUCGGAAGCUACCCGCAAGCGCUACUGGGCCCGGAACUACGUCGGUUGGCCUCGGUUUUCGUCGGUGUCACCGAAUGUUACGCAUUACACACUUGCGCGUCUGGAACGGGAGGGUGUCGUCGGCGGCAUAGUCACACAGAACGUUGAUCGACUGCACGGGAAAGCCGGCUCGAAGGAGGUGAUAGAACUGCACGGCAGCGGUUAUGAGGUCAUUUGUGUGGGCUCUGGCUCUGGCAAAGGAAAGGGUUGUGACUAUCGCAUCGAUCGACAUGAAUUUCAGCGAAUUCUGGAUCAGCUAAAUCUUGCGCAGGAAGACGGAUCGACGAUGAUGCGACCGGAUGGUGAUGUCGAGCUGUCCCAGGACUACGUGGAGCACUUCACGGUACCACCGUGUCCGCAGUGUGGUGGCAAUCUUAAGACGGAUAUUGUGUUCUUCGGUGAUAAUAUACCCAUGGAGAGAAUCAGCCUGGCUAUGCGUAUGCUCAUCCAAUCGGACGGGGUGCUCGCACUCGGAUCGAGCUUAACCGUGUUUUCCGGGUAUCGCGUUGUACUGCAAGCAAAGGAGCUGGGCCGACCGGUGGCCAUCGUUAACAUUGGAGAAACUCGUGCUGAUCCGCAUGCUGAUUUGAAAAUUUCAGCCCGUUGUGGAGAAGUGAUGUCGAACUUGUUCAAACCGCGGUAACAGUUUCUAGUUCUUCGUUUGUAGAUAAUGAAAAAUUAUACCUUUACUUUGUUUUUAUUUCCUGUUGAAUAUAUAGUUGGGUAGAGAAUUGUUAUUCACUUUCUGUUGAAAAAUGCAAAAUCCAGUGUCGUGCUGUCUGGCUUUAUGUAUGAUUUAUUAUCCCCAAAUGAUCCGUGGUCGAGAUUAUCAACGAGCACCAUACGAAACGUCUCGUUCUCGUAUGCAGUGGCCCCUAGUCGGUUUAUUGUAUAUUGUUGAAACCUAUUCUAAUUGUUAGCCGAUCUUUUUCAAGUAUACACAGUGCCUGGCUUGGCAAUGUACUAUAAUGAGGUUAUGGUGUCAAUAGUUUUACAAUUGUAAACUUUUGGAUUGUUUCUUAUAAUUCAUGCCGCAUGCCGAUAUUUUGCUUCUCACCUAUCAGUAUCUGCAUCUGUAUCCAUCGGAAUGCUUCCCUCGAUGCCGCACCAAAAGAUUCAUGCAUUGACGAAUGAUAAACGAACCGGAUUUUUCUGCGAUUUUCUGCCUCUCUUAGUUUAUUAUUGUUUACAAAUCAGGCUUUUCUGUGUUGUUGUUUGUUCACUCAUAGGAAAACAUGUCUACAUCUCUACAGAGGUGUUUGGGAAUUUCACAUAAAAAUCAAUAUUUUCUCAAGCAAACCAUUGAGCUGCAGCGUCUGCAGCUUAACGCACGCCAGUUUCGCGCUACAGGAAAGGCAAUCUAUCUCUUUUUUGUGUUCC